ACCAAGUAGUAAUAUCAACGAAUAGUGAGCCGAGCGCUCUCCAACCGGUAGGAUGUGUGCUCGGCUACAUUUAAAUUAUUUUUCAUAAUUAUUAAAAAAUAUAAAAUUGUGUUUGUUAGAAAAUAUUUAAUUAUUUUAUAAUUAUUUAUUAAAUAAUUAUAGUUUUUUAAAAUAAAUAUUCGUGAAAACAAAAAAAACAUAAAAAUCAUCAUGAAGAUUUUUGUAAACACCAAGUUAAAAAGGUGAAGAGGCUGACGGUUUGUGAAAAAGGUUGUAAAAAAAGUUGUUAAAGAAAAGUCUCAUGGGUGUAGCAAAGAACUCGUGGAUAUUACUGGUUUCUCGACAAGUACCGCAACUUUUUUUUCACUGAGAUAUCCUUUGCCAUAAUACCACAACGACGAAAAGUGCCUUGAGCAUUGAAAUAACGUGGGCUCUAUUUGUGUGGAGCUUUUCAAAAACUCAGUGUGAAUUUUUCUUUGAUAUAAAUUAUUUUUUUUAAUAUAAAUAUUUUUAUUUUCUUUAUUCUCUAUUGUUUAUAAUUACUAUUUUUUUUUUUUUUAUAUAUAAUGUUUGUUAUUUAUAAUAUAUGAAAAAUUAAAAAAUUAAAAAUAAUAACAGUCAUAUAACCACAGGGUUAAUAUAAUAUUAUAUUUGAGUCAAAAAAAUAUCUGCUUUGAGCAAGUUGCUUUGUAGAUUUAAGCGUGAAAAGUUUUGCCAACUUUAAACGUUAUAACAAUAUAAAGUAAAACGACUAUACUUUUGACUUGAUUUUCAAACUUAAAAAUAUAUAAAUCGGCUUAAAAAAAAGUAUAUGACAUUGUAAAAUGAAGAUAAUUGAGUGAAGAAUAAUAUCAAAGUUGUGAUUGAAUUAUUUUCAUCAUUAUAAUAAGUAAAAAGUUAUAUUGAGACACAAAAAAUUAUGAUAAAAUUAAUUUUUAAAUUUAUCAUUAUUAACGGACUUACCGAUAAAUAAAGUUCAAAGUUUCUUAUUUAAUUGAAAGUUGUGAGUGAAGAUUUAACUCAAAUUCAAGUUUCAAUUCACGUAAAACAUUAGGAAUGGGAAUCAAGACACUUGGCUAUAUAUUUGUGUGCCUUUGGCUUGUCGAUAGUUUGCCAUUGCAUCCGAAAAUACAUCAACCAAAUAAAGGCAUCAAGAAAGGAUCUUAUAUCCGGCACUAUACAACAGCAUUUUACGACACUGAAACACUAAGAAGGCAUCACACCAGAACACGUCGUGAUACUGUUUCUAGACGAGGAACAGAAGCAACUUUCAAUCUCUUAGUCAAUCUUAGUAAAUUUAAAUUACGUACUGGUUUGUGUUACAGAGUUUAUAAAAUUCGAUUGAUUCGUGAUACUGGACUGUUUCAUGCAAAUACAUCUUUUGAGGGUUCAAAUGGUCAAGUCAUUGACUUUGAUCCGAGCAAUGUUUACACUGGAAGCAUCGAGGAUGAAGAAAAUACAAUUGUACAUGGAAUUGUAACAUCAGAUGGUUUAUUUGAUGGUACUGUAAUAACUCCAACUGAGGAAAUUUAUAUAGAACCAGCAACUCGAUACUCAAGGCUUCUAGAUCAUGAUAAUGAUCAAAAAAAUAAUAAAUCAAAUCUUACUCAUCAUACGAUUGCAUAUCGAGCUUGUGAUGUUGAAAUACCACCAUCGCUUUAUUUACAACAUCAAUGCACGAAUGAUCAGCUUUUUGAUAACGAAGCUUACAACUUAACUCAUGUAUCAAAUGAUACAAAAAAAGAAUGGCUAGAUACAAUAAAAUUAUAUCAUCAAUACCAACAGUCAAAUGAAGAUGAAACACCAAGCCUAGAAUUUUAUUUAAAAAAUUCAAAAAUUAUAAAUCAAUAUGAUAAAUUUUAUAAUCAAGAAUUAUUUGAUAAUUUAUUUAGUGAAAAAUAUACAAGAAUACUGCGUAAACGUACAUUGAUAGAUCCAAAAAAAACAACAUGCAUGUUAUAUCUUCAAGCUGAUCAUACAUUUUUCGAUCACUACAAGUCAGAGGAAGCUUGUAUUGAGGUCAUGACCCGUCACGUACAACGGGUCAAUUCUAUUUAUCAAUAUACUGAUUUUAAUCAAGAUGGUGAACCAGAUAAUAUUAGUUUUAUGAUUAAAAGAGUCAAAAUCCAUGGAACUGAUGCUAUUAAAGAUCCAUCAUAUAAAUUUAUGGGAAAAUAUGGAGUUGAAGAAUAUCUUGAGCUUUUUUCAGAGGAAAAUUAUGAUGCAUUUUGCUUGUCGUACAUGUUCACUUACCGUAACUUUGAAAAGGGAACACUUGGUUUGGCAUGGACUGGUGAUCUUAAAAAUGCUGGUGGAGUUUGUGAAAAAAAUGGGCACUAUCGUGGAAGUAUGAAAUCACUAAAUACUGGUAUAAUAACUUUACUUAAUUAUGGAAAACACGUACCACCAGCAGUUUCUCAUGUCACUUUGGCGCAUGAAAUUGGUCACAACUUUGGAUCACCUCAUGAUUCAGAUGAAUGUUCACCUGGAGGUGAAGAUGGUAAUUUUAUAAUGUUUGCACGUGCAACUAGUGGUGAUAAACAAAAUAACAAUCGUUUUAGUCCCUGCAGUAUUGUCUCAAUCAAUCCAGUAUUAAAUGCCAAAGCAAGAUCUACCAAAGGUUGUUUUGCAGAGUAUCAAACAGCUAUUUGUGGAAAUGGAGUUGUUGAAGAGGGUGAAGAGUGUGACUGUGGCUGGGAAGAGGAUUGUAACGAUCCUUGCUGCCAUCCACAACGAUUACAUCAUGCACCAUUUGAAAUACCAUGUCGACUAACUGAAGAUGCUGUUUGCAGUCCAAGUCAAGGACCAUGCUGUAUGCCAGAUUGUUCAUUGCGAAAUGGAGACAAAUGUAGAGAUGACAAUGGAUGUAGAAAUACAAGUUACUGUGAUGGUCGUAGUCCCCAGUGUCCACCUUCAAUUAACAAACCCAACAAAACAAUAUGCAACGAUGAAUUUGUUUGCUAUAUGGGAGAAUGCACAGGCAGCAUUUGUCUAGCUUAUGGACUCGAGUCAUGUCAGUGCACUGCUGGACCAAACGAUUCGCCAACUAAAAGCUGUGAAUUGUGCUGUAAAUUACCUGGUGAAGAUCAAUCAUGCAUAUCAUCGUUUGAAUGGAAUUCUUCACCAUAUGAAAUUCCAAGUAUGAUGUCAAAGCCUGGUACUCCAUGCAAUGAUUACAAUGGUUAUUGUGAUAUUUUUCAAAAAUGUCGAGAGGUGGAUCCAACUGGACCAUUGGCAACACUACGUAGACUUUUAUUAUCGGAUGUUAGUUUGGCCCGUUUUUAUCAGUGGAUAACCGACCGGUGGUAUAUUGUUGCGAUGGGAAUACUCAUUGUAUCAUGUGCCAUGGUCAUCAUGAUGAGUUUAUUGAGUAAACAUUCCAAUUCAAAUAUUAAUAAUAAAAUUCAAUUUAUAAGUGAUGAUUCAUCGAGUGAAAUUAAUGAAUAUACAUCAAAAAAUAUAAAUACAUUAACAAAUAUAUCAAAAUUUAAAAAACGAAUAUUAGAAAUAAUGAAAUACAUUGCAUCGCCAAGAAAAAAAAUUGAUGAAUCAAUUGAAAAUAAUUAUGAUUCAAGAAUUGCUGGUAAUACUUGACUGUCAAGUAGUAAUCAAUGGACUAAUCAAAAUUUUACUGGUGGUAUUAAUUUUACAAAUAAUUAUUUUGUACCAGAAUAUAAAGAUACAAGAGACAGUGAUAAAUUUUAUCGAGAUAAUCACAAAAUAUCUAUUGAAAAAUCUGUAUCUUCGGUGAAUAAUAAACAAAAUGAAAUUUAUCGUGAUCCACUGUGCCGAAUAUUCGAUCUUGAAACAUUAUUAAUAAAAACAACGUGAUAAUUUUUUCAUUUAAUAUACACACUGUAUCAUUUUUAUGUAAAUACUGUAAAUUAAAAAUAAAUAUAUUUCAGUCCUUAACAAUAAUUUUAACGUGGACGAACCAAAUUUUAGCUCAAAUAUAAAACAUAAUUGUAUAGUAAUAAUAAAGUGUGUAUAAAAUAAAAUAAAAUUUAUAAAUUAAAC